AUGGUCGGCUCAGCCCUUGCCCUAUCUCUCAUCGGCCUUGGGGCUGUCAAUGCCCUGCCCACAGGAAAGCCUGCUGCGAGGCGGCAGUGGCUGGGUGAUGGAUCGACCGUUUUCAUUCCCGGCAACGAAGCCGAGCUACCCCCUUGCCUGACAGAAGUUCCUCUCAAGCAACAACCACCCUGCCUUCUCCCUCCUGUUGUCGGCGGCCUAGAGCCAUCCAACAGGAAGCGUGACGCCAAGAGCUCUAGACGUUCUGAGAAGCGGGGAUUCUGGAUAGGAGACCCAUCGAGUGAAUUCAUUCCUGGAAACGAAGAACAACUUCCUACUUGCCUGACCGAUGUGCCGCUCAAGCAGCAACCACCAUGCCUGCUUCCCCCUAUUGUCGGCCCAAUUGAGCCAUCCAACAAGGCGAAGAGGCAAUUCUGGAUCGGAGAUGGGUCGAGCGACUUCAUUCCCGGAAAUGAGGAGCAGCUUCCAACUUGCCUCGUCGACCUCCCGUUGAAUCAGCAGCCGCCUUGUCUGCUGCCACCAAUCGUUGGCCCUAUUGAGCCAUCGAACAAAGCGAAGCGCCAAGUUAUUAUCGGGGACCCAUCUAGCGUCUUUAUCCCCGGCAAUGAGGAGGAGCUUUCACCUUGCCUUGUGGACGUGCCACUCCAGGAGCAAUGGCCGUGUUUGCUGGCUCCCAUCGUUGGUGGAAUCGAGCCGUCGAACAAGGCGAAGAGACAGUUCUGGAUUGGAGACGGAUCCAGCGAAUUCAUCCCUGGAAAUGAGGAGAAACUUCCGGAAUGUCUCAUUGGCGUUCCUCUCAAAGAGCAGCCACCUUGCCUUCUCCCACCGAUUGUUGGCCCCAUUGAGCCUUCUUCAAAGACGAAGAGACAGUUUUGGAUCGGCGAUGGAUCGAGCGACUUCAUUCCUGGAAAUGAGGAGAAACUUCCAGAGUGCCUUCUCGAUGUUCCCCUGAAGCAGCAGCCGCCGUGUUUGCUGCCGCCUAUCGUUGGUCCCAUUGAGCCGUCGCCCAAGGCCAAGAGGCAAAUCUUGAUUGGCGACGGUUCGAGUGUUUUCAUCCCGGGGCAGGGUGAUAUCCCUGUGUGUCUAGUGGAUGUGCCACUCAACGAACAGCCGCCUUGCAUUCUUCCUCCCAUUGUUGGUGGCCUCGAGCCCCCAACCCUCCUCGAGCCCGGUAAACUCCCUAAACGCGACACCUUUGCUUUGGUCGAUCUUGAUGCGGUUGGCACUUACAAGGACGAAUGCCCCGAUGUUGAGGGUGCUCAGCUCGCUCUUAAGGUUCUCCUGGAGAAGGAAAAGCUAGAUGUUGAGGAACUCAUCAUCAAAAAAAAGCUCGAGGCCUUCCUCAAAGGCUGCGGCGUCUCCGCUAUUAUCUCCCCGGAAGGUUCCUGGAUUUUUAUCAAGCCGGCUGACAAGCGGAACCUCGCCGUCUCUUCCUUUGACCUCACCGGCUUGAAGGCUGCCUUCGAGGCACUUGUUAGCGUUGCGUCCCUCAACCCAAACGGUCUUCCUUCCUUCAACAACUGGCUCGUUUUGCAGCAGAUUGCCGCCAUCCUUGAUAUCUAUGGCUCACCCGUGAACUCGACUUUUGAUGUCGCCACGAAACGUGACACCAACUACUCCGAGGUAACCAAGACCGUCGCUGUCAAGAGCUGCUCCAUUGGUGACAUCAUGGGCCUUCGCGCUGCCCUGAUGGCCCUCCUGGCCGCCUACGGCAACCCAGCUCAUGCCCCGCCUACUGUCUUCCUUGCCGAGCAGGUCAUCGUCGCUGCCCUCCAAGUCUGUGGCGAGGCUGUCCAGGGCUGGAUCACCUUGUUGCCCGGCGCUGCUCAGCCUGGUCCCAUUGUCCCGGAGACUCCUGUUCCUGGCGGGCCCAUCAAGCCUGAUCCGACCGUCCCUGGUGGCCCGCUUGAGCCUGAGAACCCCAUCCCCGGUGGCGAGCUUGAGCCGGAGACCCCUGUCCCUGGCGGCGAGCUCGAGCCCGAGAAGCCCGUCCCUGGUGGCGAGAUUACUCCCGAGAAUCCAAUUCCGGGAGGUGAGAUUGAGCCCGAGAAGCCCGUCCCUGGAGGCGAGAUCACCCCCGAGAAUCCAAUUCCAGGCUGCGAGCUCGAGCCCGAGAAGCCCAUUCCUGGCGGCGAGAUCACCCCCGAGAAUCCAAUUCCGGGCGGCGAGAUCACCCCCGAGAAUCCAAUUCCGGGCGGCGAGAUCACCCCCGAGAAUCCAAUUCCGGGCGGCGAGAUCACCCCCGAGAAUCCAAUUCCGGGCGGCGAGAUCAUCCCCGAGAAUCCAAUUCCGGGCGGCGAGAUCAUCCCCGAGAAUCCAAUUCCGGGCGGCGAGCUCGUGCCCUCCACUAAGGCCAAGCGCGACGUGAUCGUGAGUGUCAGCAACCCAGAGGCCCUACUCGAGACCUUGCGCAUUCUGGAGCAGGCGUACGGCGGCUACGGCAGCGGUACGAUUCCUGUGCCUGUCUGGCUCAUCCUAGUGAACAUUGUUUCUAUUCUGCAGAGCAUUCCCGGUGUGAUAGUGCCUGGAUGGCCGGUUCUGGGACCAGGAAGUGUGGUCCUUACUCCCUCGACAUGA